CAGACGUGGGCAGAGUGUGGGGGUAUAGGAAGAGGAGAGAGCGGGAGGGUAGGUAGUAGUGUGUGUGAGGCUGUCAGACAGCAUGGUCUGGGUCUGAGGACAGCACAGGAAGACGCAGCAGCAGCAGCAGCCUCCAGAUCUCCAUGUAGACCAGUGUGGUGACAUCCACAGCUCACCUGGACCCGUCCACCCGUCAGCACCCACCCAGAGCAACACCCACCUCUUUCUGAGAAACAAGAGGAGGGAGAGGAGGACGAGGGGGGUGGGUCUGUUUAUCUUCUUUUUUUUUUCUUUUCUCAGUUUUUUGGUCUUGGGAGUAGGCUCCGGGCUGGACCGCAUGCAUGACACAACGCAAAGGCGAGAAACCCACCAUCAGCAUCCAGGAGCACAUGGCCAUUGACGUGUGCCCUGGCCCCAUCCAGCCCAUCAAGCAGAUCUCCGACUACUUCCCCCGUUACCCGCGGGGCCUCCCCCCUUCUGUGCCCCACCAACUGGUGGCCUCUACCCUUUCCAGCUCCGCGGCCGCCACCUCUGCCACCGCCGCUGCCGAAAGUGACCGCUCCAAUGAGGAUAAACCGGACCGGGCUUGUGCCGGAGCCUCCGCCUCCUUACAGGCCACCAAGAGGGACGAGGAGCCCGACGUGGAGGGAUACGACUCAGAUGACUCCACUACACUGGGGACCUUGGACUUCAGUUUGCAGUAUGACCAGGAGAACAAUGCACUGCACUGCACCAUUAAUAAAGCCAAGCUUCCUGUCCCCAGAUACAAGAAGGGGCUUAAGCCGAUGGACCACAAUGGGCUUUCUGACCCCUACGUCAAGUUGCACCUACUGCCCGGAGCCAGCAAGGCCAAUAAACUUAGAACCAAGACCCUGCACAACACACUCAACCCUGUCUGGAGUGAGACCCUGACCUACUACGGCAUCACCGACGAGGAUAUGGUCCGCAAAACACUCAGGAUUUCAGUGUGUGAUGAGGACAAAUUUCGCCACAACGAGUUCAUCGGGGAAACGCGAAUCCCCCUCAAGAAGCUGAAGCCCAACCAAAUCAAAAACUUCAACAACUGCCUGGAGAAACAGUUACCUGUCAACAAGACAGAAGACAAGUCCCUGGAGGAACGAGGACGCAUCAUGAUUUCUCUCAAGUACAACACCCAGAAGUCUUGCCUGGUAGUGGGCAUCAUACGCUGUGCUCACCUCGCCGCCAUGGACGCCAACGGCUUCUCUGACCCCUACGUCAAAACGUACCUGAAGCCUGACGAGAACAAAAAGUCAAAGCACAAGACUGCUGUGAAAAAGAAGACGCUCAAUCCAGAGUUCAACGAGGAGUUCUGUUACGACAUAAAAUAUGCAGACCUCACCAAAAAGACCUUGGAGGUAACCGUGUGGGACUAUGACAUCGGAAAGUCCAACGAUUUCAUAGGUGGUGUAUCUCUGGGUAUCAAUGCAAACGGAGAGAGGCUCAAACACUGGUUUGACUGCCUUAAAAACAAGGACAAGAAAAUUGAGCGCUGGCACACGUUGACCAAUGAAUUACCCGGAUCAUUAAAUGACUGAAGACCCACAUCCUGUCGUCCAACCUGUUGGCCCCCGUCCCUCCCCUGGCUGCACCAGAUAGGACUCCUGCCUUCACUGUCCUUACGCCUCCUCCCAGCUCUUCUUCUCUGGAUUUUCCUCAUGUUGGCCACAGUGACCUGUGACACCUCUUUGGGAAUAUAUUUCCUCUCAACAGGGCUCAGUUAAAAAUAUCCUUGCAUUUGUGUUCACAUGUACAACAGGGGGUUGCAUGGCUGCUCAGUUAUUUUUCUUUUAAGAGAAAUCAAAUCCACAAAAUGAAUCACGUGGAUGGUAGUGUUGAUUUUUAGGCUUCAUAAUUCUGAUUUCCUGUUUGAUCAGAGUAGAUAAAAAGGAGCAAAUGCUUUACUUUUGAUGAGAUCCUUCACAGCAGUUCAAAGAUUUACCAAUGAUUCAACAGUCCCUGAAACAGCACAAACAAACCCGUCAUACAGUCAUCUUGGUGGUGAAAGAGCGGAGAACCUAACAAAGGAUGUAGCAACAUUUUUAUACUGUCGGAGUCUGCAGGAAUGUUUAGUGGAAUAGUUCUCAUUUCGAUAUCUGAAGAUGUUGCACUUUAAUAUGAUUGUAAAGCUGUUAGGUAGUGAAGGUCCUGUUGUUCAUCACCCAUGUGAAUGGCUCUAUGACAACGGGCCAACUUCAAGUAGUUUGUAGAGAAACAUGGAGCAUUUAUCCUUUAGUGUGACUCCUACUGUACAAGUUAAGGCCUCAGUAUGCUUCAAACAAACCAGAUCGUACAUUAUGGAGUCUGACUGAGACUGUCCUCCAAGAAACUAGGGCUGCCCUGACUGAGAAUUUUCUGAGUUGACCAAUAGUCAUCAUUUAGGCCCAUUAGUGGACUCGUCUCCCGCAUGUUUACCAUAUUAAUUUAAUUAUUUUGGGCGGGGCAACACAAUGAUUUGAGUUCAAGGUCUGAGAAAGAAUAGUAUAGUAUAAGCAUACCAUCGACAUUCCCGAGGUUUUUGUGCCUAAACCAAACCAAACAUUAACCAUAGUGAUGUCACAUUAGAAAACAAACUUGACCCCAAUGCGAAAAGCCUGUCAUCAUCGCUUUCCCCUGGCCAGGGGCGGAGCCAUAUGUUGUUAACAAUGGGGCUCAGCCUGGGAGCAUGCUCCCAUGAUGGAAUUUUUCCCCAUUUACAGCAGCUAUAUGCAAUAUUUUUCAAGCCUUUUGAGACAAAAGAAUGACAAGGGAAAUUUGGGAAAAGCAUGAUAGUUGCCAAGGAAAGAAAAUCUUCCUGUGGAGCCUACAUCCUAUUUUGUAUUUAAUUGUUCUCCAACUGUCUUCAUCAUUCUGAAACCAUAACAGACCAAAUAUUUAGGAUGACUAAUUCUCACUCCUGCCACCUAAAAAGAGGCAAAAACUGUCUGAUGAUACUAUUUUUAAGUUACACAAGAUGGGUGGGAAUUUGGCGUAAACAGCAUUAAUCUUAAAACAUAUUCUCAUUACACCACGCUGGAGUCCGCCUCUGCUCCUGGCUGCAUCCCACAGUGAACACUUCUAAACUGUCUCUGCUAGAGGGCAAUAGUUGUGUUGUACAUGAUAUUACAAACAAAAAGUUUUAAAAAACGGUUGUGAGAAGAAUUAAAAAAAAAGAGAGCAAAGACAGCUUGAGAGAGAAGUUCAAAUGCUGCCUCUGGCUUUCAGACUGAGAACAGUAUUUCAAUAUGAUGUGGUGGUGGUGGUGGUGGUGGUGGUGGUGGUGGUGGGGUGUUUUAGGUGUUGGCGAGAUAAUGAAAUUCAGGAGGUUCACUUCCAAGGUAUAGAUCCAUGAAUUUAAAGGGUUAUUAAACAUGGAAACACUGCACAGUGGCUUAGAACAUCACAAAAAAGGAUGUCACGUCAAUCACAAGGCAAACAGCAGAAAUACGGUGUGUCCAUUCUGGCUUUGCGCUUGAUUGAAGUUAAAACUUCUGCAUAUUUUAAAAAGUUUUAAGAUGACCAUGAACUUUUUUGAUGGAGUCUUCUGUGUGGACAUCCCGCUGCCUCAGCAGAAUGGCCUCCUUCCCCGCUGUCUGCAGGCGUUCAUAUGUAAGACUGUCUGAGAGCCUCUCCACCAUCGAGGUCUCAGAUACUGGUACGCCAAUAAUUACGUUUGAAGUAUACUGAGGUCUUCAGUCCUCUUCCCAGUGAGCUGCAGAGCGGUUUGUUGGAGAGGAUUGGAGAGUUGGAGAGUAUCAUAAUCGCACCAACAACACCAAACAACACUAAAUCUAGUUCUCAAUGGUUAUAAGAUGUUUGCAGAUGAUAGCUAUAAGUUCAGUGUAGAGGAUUUUUUUAACAACUUAUGCUCAUCUGUAAAACUGGCAGCAUGUCACGUUACCAGAUUUCUGUCCAUUGAGCAAACUCUGUGAUACAAAAAUCAACUUUGCCUCCUAAAGCAACCCAGUCGCUAAAAUGAAUGUUGGCAUUGUACAUUUCUGCAACCCAGUGAUAAGUUACUUUUGCACGUUAUAAUGUAGCAGAUACACUGAAACUUUACUCUCAACAGUGCUGUGGUUAACAUGUUCUUGGGUUAUGUUUUGAAUAUAGCUACGUAUAGAUCAUGUUUUGGCUUAAAAUACUCUGGUUUUGGUGGCUUAAAGGCUGCUGGAAAGCACCAACGUCUUGGUACUAUCCCUGGUGCCAUGAUUGUAGAAAACAAGUGUUGCACACUCUGGCUCCCUAUGCAUUUCUUUAAUUUUGAUGACGUUUUGGCUUUUGGGGCUUCUUCAAGAUCAACAAACAUACUGAGACACAGGUACACUGAUCUGUUGAUAUGGACCACACUUUUGUUACACAGCUGAUGACGAUUAGGUGAUCCUGCCACAGCAUUAGGUUGAGCAAAUCACAGUCACAUACAGAGUCACACAGCUGACAGUGGUUAGAUAAUGAUGCCAAAGCAUUAGGCUGAGAACAAAAAAAAAAAAAAAAAAACCCCACAAUUUUGAGGCCCUCAGCAAAUCAAGACCUUUAAGGCAAAAUGUUGUCAGGAGCUACAGCUAAUCGAGUCAUCAAAACAAAUGACAGCCACCACAUAUUCUACCACAUUUCACACUAUCCCUGGUGGCAACACGGUGACCAGUGGCUUAAAAAGACUCACAGUUAUUGCCUUAUCUGCUGUCUGCCGUAUACCGUAAAAGCCAACACAUUCUCACUCCGACCUCGUCACAUAUGGACGUCUGGUCAUGGACUUUCCACGUU